AUGCCGUCGUUUUUCUCGAGGAGGAAACCUAUAUUCAUCACGAUAGUGGUGAUCCUAUUCCUUCUAGUAGUUACUAAGCUAUCCACGUCGAAGGAAUCGGCAGCGAAAAACUUACAAGACGCUUUAUCGAUUCCAAAUGAUAAUAAUUUGUUGCUGAGUAUCGCGUUGCUUCUGUCACAACACAAGGAAGAUGAGUUUUUGCAGAAGUUGGAGAAGAUUCACAAGAAGCUUUUGGAUAAGCAGGAGCAGAGACUCGUGCUCUUGGAAGAGCAAAAUAUAAUGCUCGUUAAGGAAUUGAACUCGUUGAAAAAGCCACCUCACGAUGCUUCCUUGAGAGACAAGUUGGUCCACUUAUACCCUUACGAUAGAUCGGUCAAGUUCCCUGCCUAUAUAUGGCAAUCAUGGAAACAUGGAUUGAACGACGAAAGGUUCGACGAGAAAUUUAGACAGGGUGAAACGGAGUGGGCCUGGAAGAACCCAGGGUUUGUCCAUGAAUUGUUUAACGACGACACUGCCAACGCUAUGAUCCAUCAUUUGUACGUCUCCAUUCCAGAGAUUGUCAGGGCAUACGAUAUGUUGCCUGAAGUGAUCUUGAAAAUGGAUUUCUUCAGAUACUUGAUCCUUUUUGCUCGUGGUGGUGCUUAUGCAGACAUCGAUACAGUCCCACUUCAGCCAAUCCCCAAUUGGAUUCCAGAGAAUGUGUCUCCUAACGAGUUGGGGAUGAUCAUAGCGGUAGAUAUUGACUCGUCUGCCUCGAACUGGAGGGAAAUCUACUGGAGAAGGUUACAAUUUGGACAAUUUAUCCUUCAAGCUAAACCAGGACACCCGAUCUUAAGGGAAAUCAUUGCUCAAAUCACGGAACUUACGUUGGAAAGAAGUAACAACGACGAAUUAAAUCUUGGAGAUAGUGUAGCGGCCAAGGGUUUGGAGCUUCAAAAAUGGACAGGGUGUGGAAGAUGGACCGAUGUGGUGAUGACUUACUUUAAUGAUUACAUGCAGAGUUCUAUUUAUUCCAAGAUCACUUGGAAGGAAUUUCAUAAGUUGAAGGUGCCAAAGUUGGUAAGUGAUGUUUUGGUUUUACCAAUAUCCUCAUUUGCCAGUGAGUUGGAAAUACCAAAGGACGGAAAGAUCGAAGAUCCGUUAGCAUUUGCCAAGCAUUACGCCGGUAAGAUCUGGAAGACAACGUAA